GGGGCCUUUGGUUAUCCGCUUCUCCCCCAGCGUGGGAUCUCAUAACUUUCGAGAGAUGGCAGAGAUAGCCACCGUAAUCAUCAAGGUUGACCUGCACUGCUGCUCCAACUCCAAGAAGAUCAAGAAAGCUCUGUGCAAGCUCCAAAACUGGUUCAACAUCGAAUCAAUCGUCUACGACGAGAAGAAGAACACCGUCACAGUAUCCGGCCCCUUCAACCCUGAGUGCUUCAUCAGGAAGCUUCGCUGCCUCGCCUGCAAGGCGAUCGAAGACGUCCAGACCAAACCGCCGAAACCCCCACCUUCUUCUCCUCCCAAGGACGAAAAACCAAAGCCCGAUAAACCGCCGCCGCCGCCUGAGGUGGUGGUGAAGCUCCACGUGUGUGUUUUCCCGCCCUCGGCGUGGCCCAUCCGCUGCUGCCAGCCGUGCCCCGAGCCACGCCGCGGGUGCCGCCGCUGCUGCUCCUGCGGCCCGCUGUCCGACGGCCGUCACUGUUACGAGGGUGACGGCUACAAGAUCGUCCUCGAGUAGGACCCUUCUUAUUCCUGCUCUAUUAUGUAAUUUCCUAUGCAUAUAGUCACUCUCGUUGCAAGAUGUCAUUUGGUAACGGUAAUAGAUAACGGAUAAGAAGGGGGAAUGAGGUAAACGUCAUGUCACUUCCUCUCCCCUAUGCGUAAUGUACGUAAUAUAAUAUAUGAUGAUAUAUGUUUAUGCUGUUA